CGAAGGAAGAAAUCAUCUGCUUGCAUGAAAAACGACAUCUGCGGCGUGUAGACUAACUAAACUAUUUCAAGUUCUUUUUCUACCUUCAUUCGUCGACGAUUCCCACAAUACCCAAAUCUCAAAUUGUAGCAGACGGAAUUGAAUUGAAUAUUAAUAAAACUUCCUCCAAUCUGUAAUGUUAUAAUAGGAAUAAGUAGAAAAUAUCAAAAUGGAUUUCGGCGCACUACUUCAUAUGGCCAAAAAGAACAACGAAAGCAACAAAAAUGAUGGAAAAUAUUACAGCACAAAAUUUGCUCCUCCCAAGAAGGAAUCCAAAGAAAAAAAGUUGUCGGACAAUAUACAAAAGUUUCUGCAGAAAAAAGAGCAAGAGGAAAAGGCUAAGCAAAAGGAGCAGCAGGAGAAGCUAAACAAUUUGCUCUCCAUGCGCGAUGAAAAGUCCAAGAAUAAAAUAAGGAAAAUGUUAAAGGUCACAAAAUCAGCCAAUCGAUCUGUGCUUGAGGAUGCGGUCAACACUGAACACACUGCUAUAACAAUGACAGGACCCGAUCAACCCGAUCAGGACGAUUACGGUUAUGUCUCCACAGAGGCAAAUUCUUUCUAUCAGAAAUACAUAGAUAAGGUAAAAGAUGUCAAGGAGGACAAAGGGUUUGCUCCCAGUAGGCCACAAUCUUUAAAAGAUUUAACCGGAACCAAGGAACGUGUCAAGGCUGCUAUAACCCGUGAAAUUGAAGAAAAAAAUAAUCACACUAGAACAAGAACUCCAAAGGAACACUCAACAUCCUCAAGCGCAGGAGGUGUCGCCGUGGCUCGUUCAUAUAAAGUUUCAUCUUCAUCCAAAACUUUGUAUGACCCUGAGGCUGAAAGAAGGGCUGAAGAGGAAGAACGCAAAAAACGCGAGGAAGAGGCAAGGAAAAAAAGACAGGAGAGUAAGAAAAUGCCACCACCUCCCAUGGAUUUUCAGGCACUUCUUAAACUGGCUGAAACAAAACAGCACCAACCCAUAAAUUUGCCAGUUGCCGUUCCCAAGAAAAAAGAACCCGAAAGGCUUUUAACAUUAAAGGAGAAAAGGGAAAUGGAGGAGAGGCAGCGCGCUAAAGAGGCCAGAGAACAAAGGCAGCGAGAGCGCCUUGAAGAAUCUAAAAAAGGUCCCUCUAAAAGUUCGCCAUCAGCAGCAUCAUCCGUACAAAGAAUGGAACCAAAUGGAAGGAUUCCCAAGCUAAGUCAAGCUGGGUCAUCAUCAAGUGGAAGCAGCGCCAAAUCAAGCACCAUUUCUGAAAAGAAACCCUCUUCGGAUAAUAUGAAAAAACCUUCACACAGUUCAAGCUCAUCUUCAACACAAAUGACCAAAACCUCUUCCAGCAGCAGUGCAACAUCCUCAACGAAAAGCUCAACAAGUAGUUCGUCAUCAAGUACAAAAUCUUUUAAUAAAUCAAGUGCCUCUUCGAGUAACAGCGCUGUGUCAAAUAAAACUCCAUAUGCUACCACAGUACCCAGUAAGAAUCCAUAUAGUAGUAACAGUAAACCAUCCCACAAUGGACCUACUCGCGAAUUUCCACCCCGUGAUAUAAAAUCGGUAAAGGCGCGAGAAUUUCCACCCCCAGAUGUGCAAAAGAGCAGACAAUUUCCUCCACCCGAUGUCCGAAGGGGCCCACCACCAUCCUCUUCUGCGAGCCGUUAUGGUGAUGGUAAAAAGUCUUCGGCUCCUAAACGUCGCAUUUUGGAUGAUGAUGAUGAUUCAGAAUAUGAUUCUGAACUGGACGAUUUCAUUGACGAUGGCGAAGAGGAAGAAGACUAUUCAUCGCAUAUCAAGGCUAUAUUCGGAUAUGAUAAAUCAAAGUAUAGGGAUAUGGAUGAGGAAGAUGAUCGCAUGAUGGAAGCUAGUUUUGCACAAAUUCAAAGAGAAGAAUUUAUUAGUAAAAAGAUUGGAAUGCAAGAAGAUUUGGAAGAUAUGAAAUUGGAAGCUAUGGAAAAGAAACGUAAAAUGAUGAUGAAGAAGCGCCGUCUUCAUGACUAGAUAUUUUAAUUUCGUGUACAUACUUAUAUAUUUAUGCUUACUCAUGCUUUCAUUUUGUGGAAUACGGAUUUAAUAUUAUAGCCAAACACAAGAAAAAAAAACCAUCUCUUAUCGUAUAUAUAUCCUACAAUUAUCUUACGAUUUAUAUUUAUACCUGUUUAUCUUUAACCAUAAGUAGAAAAUGAUGAAAAACUAUUUUAUAAUAAAAUAACAAUAUAUCUGAAAGACAUAAA